UCGCGUGAAUUUCUCCAUUCUGCUGAAAAUUAGCCGUUUGUUGGGCGGCAGGGGGUUCCUAAUCUGCAAAUGCGCGUUCCAAAUCUCUUCUGGUGACUUCCUCCCUGUGCCACCGCGUGAGGCCCAAGACCUCAACGCCCUACGUCCGUUCGUAGCGGCCUUUGCGCUCUACCUCUGUGCGAGGGCCAGCGCCUCUCCAACAGCCCAGCCUCACUUCGUCCGUGUUCGCGGCCUGCAGCGCUCCGCCCGGCCGCUCGUCAGCCCCGGCCGCCAUGUACGAGCGUGAGAAGACGCUGCUGCUGACGCACUCGUGCGCGGCCGGCGCCAACAGUCUGGCCGUGCGCCGCACCGCCGACGCCACCUGGCUGGCCUGGCCUCACCAGAACCAGAUAUCGCUGGUCAAGCUGGCCGACGAGACGGUCGAGUCACGCGCAGUCAGCGGCCGCUCCGAGGAGGACGGCCAGACCGUGCUGCAGGUCCGCUGGUGUGAGCUGAAGAACUGGACCUACCUGGUGGCGGCCUGCUCCAACAGCGUCGACUUCUACAACCAGCACGCCUCCAUGCUGCUGUUCUCGUUCCCCUACACGCAGGAGGGCGCGCGCUGCUUCACCAGGGGCCUGGCCGCGUUUCUGGGCAAGGCCUGCGUCGGGACGUCGGACGGCUCGCUGCUGGUGUUCCAGUCGGACUCUGGCGCCGAGGGCGAGCUGCACCUGGGCCAGCGGGUCCGCAUGCACGCCAGCGCCAUCUGCGCGCUGGCCGCCGACGAGCGACACCUGGUGUCGGCCGACGAGACGGGCAACAUCGUGCAGUGGGCCGGCAAGGGCAGCGAGGUGGCGCGGCUCCGGCAGAUCGACCACUACGGGGCGCCGUGCACCGCGCUGACGCUGACCGAGCUGUACGUGGUGGCCGCGUACGGCUCGGGCCACCUGCGCCUUUUCAACCGCGAGUCGGGCCAGAUCCGCGCCGAGGCCACGGCGCACGCGCGCUGGAUCACCGGGCUCGACCUGGCGCCCGAGAGCGGACUGCUGCUGACCGUCGCCGAAGACGCGCUCGUCAAGGUCUGGAAGGUGGCCGACUCUGCCACGCCGCUGACGCACAAGUUCACGGAGCGCGAGGCGAACGCUCGCCUGGUGGGAGCCGGAUUCCUGCGCUCCGACGGCGCCACCUUCGGCCUGGCCGCCUACGACCAGAAGCAGCUCUUCUGCUACGCCAUGUAGGGCCGGCGGCGCCCGAAGUUCGCGGCGCGCCGUCGGUGGCGGUGGCGCCCUCCCCCGCUCCCUGACCUGUGA